CAAAAUACUCUCCAUUUUUCUCUCUCAGAAUCUCUGCAACUUUUUACAAAAAACAGUAUAUAUACACUCACCGAUUUUCAAGGGUUAGGGUUUUUUCUCUGAAGUUAUGACGGAACACGAGGAGCAUAAAGUGGAGAAAGAGGAGCAAGAUGAGUCACUGAUGGACAAAAUUUCUGAAAAACUUCAUUUCAGUAAUCAUUCAUCGUCGCCGGCACCGGCGUCGUCUUCUUCUGAUUCCGAUGAUGAGAAGAAAAAGCCGACGUCUCCAGCACCGGAGACGUCUUCGUUUGGGUCUAAAAUUCGUCGGCUUUUUGGUAGGGAACGUCCAGUUCAUAAAGUCUUCGGUGGUGGUAAACCUGCUGAUGUGUUCUUGUGGAGGAACAAGAAGAUAUCUGCAGGAUUUCUCGGUGGGGCGACAGCUAUCUGGGUUCUCUUUGAGGUUGUAGAAUACCAUUUGCUUACCCUGCUCUGUCAUGGUUUGAUGAUUGCUCUGGCUGGAUUGUUUUUGUGGAGCAAUGCUAGCACUUUCAUUCACAAGUCUGCACCACAUAUUCCAGAAGUUCACAUCCCCGAGAAACCUGUUUUAGAGUUUGCCUCUUGUCUUAGGAACGAGAUCAAUCGCGCCUUAGCAGUUCUGAGGGAAAUUGCUUCUGGAAGGGAUCUGAAGACGUUCCUUUUGGUCAUUGGUGGUCUGUGGCUCGCGUCAAUCUUGGGUGGUUGCUGCGAUUUCUUGACCCUGUUCUACAUAAUUGUUGUGGUGCUUCACACAGUACCUGUUCUGUAUGAGAAAUAUGAGGAUCAAGUGGAUGCAUUUGCGGAGAAAGCCUUGCAUGAACUCAAGAAACAGUAUGCCGUCUUUGAUGCAAAGGUAUUGAGUAAAAUUCCUCGAGGGCCAUUGAAAGAUAAGAAGAAAGAUUAGAUAACACACUAUGUUGGGAGGAGGAAGAGAAGAAGAGGGAGGGUGUCUGUUGUGUUAUUAUAGAUGCAUCUUUGUGCUUGUCCUUUGAUGAAUUUUGAUACAAGAUGGUGGAAGUUUGUUUUAGGUUCCACGGUUUUGUGUUUUGGGAUCGUGGAAUUGAUGUUGAUGUAUGAAUGAUAUAUGACAUGGAAAUACUCUUUAAAUGUUUGAUUA